GUGGUGGCUCGUCGAUAAAGUACGAUUUCGCUGCUGCUGCUGGUGCUGAGCUAACUUCGACUUCUUGUGUGACUCGGGCAUUGAAUAAAUAUAUUUACAUAUAUUUAUGUGACAAGCAUUUCAGCCAGCCGACAACGCUGGCCAAUCACCGAAAAAUUCUCACCGGCGACAAGCCGUACACGUGCUCCUACUGCCACAUGCAAUUCAGGCAGCAGGGCACACUCAUCAAUCACAUGAAGACGCACACACAUCUCGUCAACCAGCCGCCCGUGCGAGUUGACCACUCCAUGAUGCAGGCGCAUCUUGCAUCUGGGGCACAGCAGCUGACCAACGGUCUGUUGCCUAACAAUCUGCAUGGCAGCACUCCCAACUUUCUCCAGCUGGACCAUCAUCCGCUGCUGCAUUUCCUCGAAGGCAAUGCAACAGUCAGCUCCCUGGUUGCCAGCAAUGCAGCGGCUCAAGCGGCAUCAUCGGCAACCGCAGCGCAAGCGGCGAUAGUCAGCCCUAAAACGGAGCCCAGCCAGACGGAGCAGAGUCCUCGUUUGAAUGUGGGCAACAUCAAUAUGCUGAGAAGCGAUAAUCCGGAUCGGCCGUUUGGUUGCAGCGUCUGUCGGCGCUUCUUCUCGCAGCAGAGCACCCUGGUCAACCACAUUAAGACGCACACCGGCGAGAAGCCCUACAAGUGCAAGAUCUGUGAUGCUAGCUUCCGCCAGGUGGCCACGCUCAACAACCACAUGAAGAUCCACACCGGAGAGAAGCCCUACAACUGUUCCUACUGCCCCAAACAGUUCCGGCAAAAGAGCACUCUACAAAAUCAUCUCCGGAUCCACAAGUGCUAGUGGAGUAGGCACAUACAGUUAGACUAUAUACAGAUACAGAUACAAAUGCAGUUGCAAGUUGCGUUACAUACACACAUACAUGCAUAAUACAUAUAUAUUAUAUAUACUCAAGCGUAUUAUUUACCUGCCAUGCAGACCGUAAUUACAUUCACGUACACAUAGCUCACUCAUUUGUAAGAUUAAGUCCGAACGUACAGUUGAGAGUGUUCAAGCCGAUGCCUAAUCUCAAUCAAGCUCGAAUCUUGCUUAUAAAUCUACUCACCUUUCUCCACAUUUUUUUUACAGAUUCAGAUUCAUUUUCGAUAAUAGCGAAUAAAUAAUUCUACUUUCUUUAAGUCACAUACUAGCUAUGAUUGUAAUAUAAAACUUAAUUGUAAUGCAAUGAUUUCCAAUGUAUUUGAAAAUGUUUCAACAAGAUAAGGAGCGACUGCUGUAUAAAGAAAAUUAUAGUUAUUGCUACCAAUCUGUAUAAUCCCUGCUUGCAUGCGAUUGUUUCGCUAAAUAUAAACACGAAUUUAAAAAUGUA